UACUAAUAACUUACAUUUCUCAACUCAAAAAAAAAAACCAAAUGGCUCCCUUUGUUUGGUUGCUUUUCCUUCUCCUGUCUUCUGCUACUGCUUGUGAUCGAUGCGUGCAUCAAUCCAAAGCUACUUUUGUCAAGUCAGUCGCGGCACUCACAUCUGGAGCUUGUGGAUAUGGUUCCUUCGCAAUAAGCCUUAAUGGUGGAAACCUUGCAGGCAGUGGUUCCCCUCUUUACAAAAACGGAGCUGGUUGUGGCGCUUGCUUUCAGAUAAGAUGUAAGGAUCCAAAACUGUGCACCAGUACAGGGGCUAAUGUCACAUUAACUGAUCGGAACUACGAUAAUCGGACGGACUUUGUUCUCGGCUUCUUCGCUUUGUUGGACAUGGCUCACGACGGCAUGGCCCGAGACAUUUACAAACUCGGGAUCGUCGACAUCGAAUAUAAAAGGAUACCUUGUGUAUACGAAGGACAGAACUUGGCCGUUAGAGUUGAAGAAUCAAGCCAAAGACCAUACUACUUGCAGAUUAAAUUGCUCUAUCAAGGCGGUCAGACUGAGAUUGUAGCCAUUGAUGUAGCUCAAGUUGGGUCUUCAAUCUGGACCUCCAUGAGUAGGAACUAUGGGGCAGUUUGGGACACAAACAGAAUCCCAAAUGGUGCCUUAACCUUCAGGUUUCUGGUAACAUCCGGGCAUGAUGGAAAGUGGAUUUGGGCAACAAAGAAUGUGCUUCCGGAUGAGUGGAAAGCUGGAGAGAUUUAUGAUACUGGAGUUCAAAUCACCGACAUUGCACAAGAAAGCUGCUAUCCUUGUGAUUAUGGGACUUGGUGAUGAGAAGAAGAAGAAGGAAAUACUACACAUAGUUUGAAUAAUGGUUUGG